UAGUGACACUGACAGUUUCAUAAUUCCAACAAUUCCACAUUAUUCGUUUCUUGUUUAAUGUUAAUGUGUGAUAGUGCUGCUGUUGCUGGCCUUUUUUUACGAUCGUUAUGUUUUCAAUCGAGGUAACAUUUUAAUCUUGAUGAACCCACUUCGUGUUGGAGAUUGCUUUACUGGAAUGUUUUUAUAAGGAUUAUCAGCUGGUGCAAAUUUUUAAUUGGAAUUGAAUACUAAAGUGUGCCUAAAAUCUUGAGGAUUAUGAGACAUAAGGAAUUCCAUUAUGUCCAACCUAGUGAACGCCGAAAAUACAAUGACCGAUCAACCAGCAAGUGCCUCAACUCAAUUGGUGGCCCAGUGUUCUACGUAUACUUUUCCAGACUUGAAACCUACAGAGCCUAGAGGUCACCUUCGUAGUGUCAGUCAUGGGGGAGCCACCUCGCUCACAGGUUUCCUUGGAGCGGGUCCAAGACCAUCUGCGCUCAAGGGUGGUAGAGGUCAUCAACGAGCUUUCUCCCAAGGCCAGAUAACAGACUCGGGAGCUAUAAAGCCUACACACAGUAGGGUAGGAUCGAAGACAGAUUUUAUCCUACCUCCAGGACACAAGGAUGUGGAGGGUGAAGCUGCAGCAGCGUCUAGAUCAUCGGCGAAGGGGCAUUCCAGACAGGCGUCCAGGACGGAGUCAAUUUAUACCCUUCGAAGGACUGCUCCGCCACCUCUUUGGGAGAGGCUUUUGUGUGUGUUACUCCGACGUCAACCGAAGAAUGAUAUUGAGGAACGUUCGAGGAUCGUGGUCCCAAAUCACGUAGUGCCUCCAAAGACUCCAAGAAAAGAGCACCCAAACGGCCGUCGCAUGGACAAUAAGAUAAGGACUACAAAGUACACCCUUUUGUCGUUUUUACCAAGGAAUCUAUUGGAACAAUUUCAUCGAGUAGCUAAUUUAUACUUCAUAUUCAUUGUUUUACUCAAUUGGUUUCCCGCGAUCAACGCGUUCGGCAAAGAGAUAGCCAUGAUACCGGUUCUGUUUGUGCUCGGUGUGACUGCCCUGAAGGAUCUCUUCGAAGAUAGGAGAAGGCGGGCAAGUGAUCAAAGGAUUAAUAAUUCAACAUGUAGGAUAUACAAUAGUGAGGACAUGAGAUACCGGAAGGUACUCUGGAAAGACGUACGCGUGGGAGAUCUAAUCCACCUUUCCAACAACGAGGUUGUACCUGCAGAUAUUCUACUUUUGAAAUCGAGCGAUCCAAGUGGGUGUUGUUAUAUCGAUACGGGACACUUAGACGGAGAAACCAACCUGAAACAGCGUCAGGUGGCCAGAGGUUUCGUUGAAAAGGAUUUUUCACCGUGUAAGUUCAAAAGUACUGUGGAAGUUGAUGCCCCGACAACCAAAAUAUACAGGUUUCAAGGAACUAUUAUACAUCCUUCAGGAGAAACAGUUCCUGUGGGAACAGAAAAUCUUAUAUUGCGUGAGUGCCUUUUGAAAAACACCGACUACGUUGAAGGGAUUGUAGUCUACGCAGGACAUGAAACGAAAGCUAUGUUAAAUAAUGGCGGUCCCAGAUACAAGAGAUCUUCGCUAGAGCGACAGAUGAAUCAAGAUGUGAUUUGGUGUGUCUUCAUUCUUAUAUUCUUAUGUAUUAUUGGAGCAGUUGGAUGUAAAUUAUGGUUGAAUACUUAUCCUAAUAUAACAGAGCCCUUUAAGUCUGAUUACAGUGAUACUACAGAAGCUAUUUUGGCCUUUUUCACUUUUGUGAUAAUAUUACAGAUAAUGAUACCUUUAUCUCUUUACGUCACUUUGGAACUGUGCAAAAUGAUGCAAAUAUAUCAUAUACAUCGUGACGCUGAUAUGUACGAUAUGGUCCUUGGUAAACGAACUGAAUGUCGUGCAUUGAACAUUACGGAGGAACUGGGACAAAUCCAAUACAUUUUUUCAGAUAAAACGGGUACUUUGACUGAAAAUAAGAUGAUAUUUCGCAGAUGUACGAUAAAUGGAGUAGACUAUAACCACCCAGAAUUGCAGAGCAUAAAAAAGGGAAACGCGUCGAAUUCCCUCAAUGUAGUUAUCAAUCCAGAACUUUUCAAUGAUCUUCAUGCAGAUAAAUUAACAGACAACAUUUAUUCAACUAGACAAAUACACGCCCAUAGGGUACAAGAGUUCUUGUUGCUUCUUGCGAUAUGUAACACGGUGGUUUGCUCUCAACACCCACAUCAUGAUCUCAUGAAUGCUAGUGGAAUAAUUGAGUCGGUGUCCGGAAUAUACCCAUCCUCAUUGAAAGAAAAUGAAGGAGUUCCAAAUUCAGACGUUGAAGGCAGCGAACAUACUACGAUAGCAUCACAUAGGGAUAAAUAUUUGAGGUUAGAAGAGUCUAGAUCAGUUACACCUUCGCCACCAUUGCAGUCACAUCAAUACACUGUUCACGUUUCUACCCUAACACCUAUAGAUUCGAUAGAUAGUUCCCCUUCAUCAGAUAUAUACCAAGUUCAGGUUAAAACUGCGAGACCUAAACUCCUGAAUUUACCAGCAAUCAACUUUCUAUCGAAAAAAACUGUGACAGGUAGUAACUUGACCGAUGAACAGAAAGUGAAACUGAAUAAGACUGCUACUCCUUCCCCAUAUGAGUUCAAACCUAUAUUCGAAGCUGAGAGUCCAGACGAACUAGCUCUAGUGGAUGCUGCAUACAAUUACAAUUGCAGACUUGCAAACCGUACCCCAACAAGCGUAACGGUUGAUCUUCUAGAGAGAGACAGAUUGAACUUUGAAAUUCUCAACAUAUUGCCGUUCGAUUCCAGCAGGAAGCGUAUGUCAGUCAUUGUGAGGCACCCUGUGACGAAAGAGAUUAUUUUAUAUUGUAAAGGGGCUGAUAGCACAAUACUUCCUUGUAUAGCUCCCGCCGAGGAUGAUUCGGAACAGAAGCAGAUCAUAGAAAAAACACAACAACAUCUGAAUGCUUAUGCUAGAGAAGGUUUGAGGGUAUUAGUGAUGGCAAAGCGAGUGCUGAGUCAAAGAGAGUAUAAUGAAUGGUACCAAAAACACUUAGACACCGAAAAAGCGCUAACUGCUUUUGAAAGGAGGGAAAAAAAGCUGAGAGACAGUUAUUCAUCUAUAGAAACGAAUAUGUUGUUGUUGGGCGCCACGGGUAUAGAGGAUCGACUGCAGGAAGGCGUUCCGGAAACCUUACAGGCUUUGAUUUCGGCUGGCAUUGUCGUUUGGGUACUAACAGGCGAUAAACCUGAAACAGCAGUCAACAUAGCUUAUUCUGCUAAACUAUUCUCGCCUCAGAUGGAACUGUUGAACCUGAUGACGAGAACUAGAGAGGCGGCAGAAGAAAAAAUAAGGUAUUAUUUGGGCGAAAUUGACAAGCAAAGAAACAGGGCGGAAUCUCUGAGGGAGAUGCUGUACCUGCAACCCAGUUCUUCUGCUUUGGGCUCGAGAAAUGUACACCAAGAUUCAGGCCGAGCACUGAUUGUAGACGGAAAAACACUAACCUUCAUUUUGGAUCGGAGAUCCAAAUUGACCAAACCGUUCCUUGAGCUGACAACACAGUGUAAUUCUGUACUCUGCUGUCGGGCAACUCCUUUACAAAAAGCUUAUAUAGUUAAAGUAGUCAAAGAAGAACUCAAAAUGAGGACUUUGGCUAUUGGCGAUGGAGCUAAUGAUGUAUCCAUGAUACAGACUGCUGAUGUUGGUAUAGGUAUAUCUGGACAAGAGGGUAUGCAAGCAGUUAUGGCUGCAGAUUUUUCUCUGUCUAGGUUCAAAUAUUUGGAGAAGUUUCUAUUGGUGCAUGGACACUGGAGCUACGAUAGGCUAUCCAGGAUGGUACUAUAUUUCUUCUAUAAAAAUGCUGCAUUUGUGUUCCUUAUUCUUUGGUAUCAGCUUUAUUGUGGUUUUUCUGGCUCAGUUAUGAUUGAUCAGAUGUACCUAAUGCUUUAUAACCUUUUAUUCACGUCACUGCCACCUUUGGCCAUAGGUGUUUAUGAUCAAGAUGCUCCUGAAGAAUUACUGAAAGAAAGGCCUUAUUUAUAUAAACAGGGGCGUCUUGGCAAAGUUUACAGAUCGUAUUCUUUCUGGUUAACAACGCUAGAUGCGAUUUAUCAAAGUAUAUGUAUAUUUUUCAUUUGCCAAGGUGCCUAUGCUGAUUCUGACAUAAGUGUGUUUGAGUUUGGCACAACAGUCACUACUUGUUGUAUGUUUGUAAUGCUACUUCAUGCAUCCAUUGAAACUAGGUCAUGGACAAUUUUGCAUGCUGCUUCUGUGAUAUUAUCGAUAGGUGCAUUCUACUUCUACUCUCUUUUAUACAAUUCUUUAUGUGUGAACUGUUUUGGUUUGCCUAGUACAUACUGGAUUAUACAGAAGGCCAUGAUGAGACCAACAUAUUGGUUGGUCACAUUGCUAUCCUGUGUUGCAGCCGUUCUUCCGAGGUUCACAAUUAGGAUUUUACAAACCAUGAUUGCACCCAGUGAAGUCACCAGAGCCCUGAUCUCGAUGAAGCGGCGAGGUAGAGGUGAGGGGUUUCUUGUUUCUUGGUCAAGGUCGACGUCUGCCUCCUCCAUAUACAGAACCGCCGAUCAGAGGCAUACGCAUCAAACUUUGACAGCAGUUAAUUGAAGUGACCCACAAGUGACCUUAGCGACAAGUAUUAUAGAACGUGCGCCACAAUUAUUGCAUUUUGAAGGCUGUGAUCAAUUGUAAGGGACCAAUCUAUUGAAGUUAUUGCCCUUUACAUAAAGUAGGUUAAGUUCUUCCGCCAUGUUUUUCGUAUUAUGGUACAAUGUUCUCUAUAGGUCCGUGCCUGCACAAAUAUUAACUAGACGCAAAUAAUAUACUGAGUGUUGCAAUGUAAUAUUUAUAACUCAAUUAUUAUUCUGAUUGUAUUAUGUUUAUUUUAUAUCUAGGAAAUUUUAUUGAAAUGCAUUUUCUAUAUUUUGUUCAUAUUUUAUUAUAUUUCUUACCAAUGCAAUGUAAUGAAUUGACGAGGAGAAAGGAGCUCAUGUAUAUUUUCAGCUUUUCAAAUUGCUCAAUCUGUUUGAAAAGAAGAAUUUUAAUCAUUUUAUUAGAUGAUUGCUGGACAGUGAAA